AUGAAUUCGGAGGAGAAGGUCAGUGAAAUUGAACGCCUAAACGUGUGCCUCCUGACGACUGAGGAAAAGGCCACGGAAAUGCUUUCAGAAAUGCGGGAAAAAUUUAUAAAGGAGCACAAGGCAGCUAAAAAAAAGCAUAAAAAAACAGUGCAAAUAUUAUCUGAGGAUUCUGCCGCUGCGAAGAAAAUGUACGAAGAGGAGUCAACCUGCUUCCGAAAGCGUGAGCUGGCAAUUCGUCGCCAAAAGUGGCGGCUUGAAGAUCAACUGGAAGGUAUUGUGAAAAAAAUGGACGAUGAGCUCUUUGAAUUACAGACUAAGUACGAUGAAGCCAAACGUCAGUAUGACGACGAAAUGAAGGCCUAUGAGUUUUUAAAUAUCAAAUUUCAGCCUCUGAAGGUGGAGUAUGACGCCAUAAUGGAGGCGAGAGCGAAGGAAGAGGAGACGCGAUUGCAGGCCAUUAAGGAGCAGGAUGAGAUGGUCAAGUCGGCGACCUUCAUUACGUCUCUCUACAGAGCCUAUAAGGCCCGCAGACGCAUCAAAGCAGAAAGGAAAGCUCACAUUCUCUAG